AUUUAAUUAACAAAUUAAAUCUUGAGAGAAUGUUAUCCGUUUGAAAUAUCCGUGACUACGUAAUUCAACGUGCACGUGCCACCUGAGGGAGGGAGCAGUGAGCACUCACGGCAGUGGCGGUACAUCCAUAAAACAUAACCUCUUUCUGUGUGUGCGCGACGCACGUGUGAGAAUUGUGAGAAAUGGCCAAGUCUCUGCGUAGUAAGUGGAAAAGAAAAUGCAGAGCGGUCAAGAGGGAGCGUUACGCGGUAAAGGAAUUAGAUAGAUUGAAGAAAACUCUUGGUAUUGACGAUAAUGCGUCCAAGGAUGUUGAAAUGACGAAUAUCGCCGAGAUCGCUACAGUUGUCGACGCUGAGAAAGUGAAAGGAGACGUGAAGGCUAAACGAGCUAAGACUGAGGAAGGUGAUGAAAGUGGACAGAUGGAGGUGGACGGUGCUAGAGUAUACAGUAAGAAAACAUUGCUGGACCAGUAUGGCAAUUAUCCCGUGUGGAUGAGCCACAGGAAGAUAAUGAAGCACAAGAAGGGCAGGGCAAAAACGCAGAAAGCGAACCAGAAGACAGGCAAGAGGCUCACUAGACGACAGAAGAAAGAUAAGAAAAAAACAUAAUUAAUUAUAAAUUAAAUUUUAAAGUUAAAAUAAAAAUUUUCGCAAACUCAUUAAUUUCGGUAGUACUUAAUUUUUAAGUAUUAGGAAUAAAUGCCUUUUCUUUUUUCUAAGAAUAGAAAUGAAAGAAAGAGUACCUUAUUUCUAGAAAAUUCUGAACAAUCAGGCUAGAUAGAUGAAGGAGAGAAGCGCAAAUAUCUUUUUAAUAAAAUUAUCUUCAAUACAUGUUUAUUCACUACUAAUUUAGUGCUAAUUUUGAUCACUCAAAUUCUCUUUUACCAAAUAUUUAUCAUUAAUGAAGUUAUAAGGUUUAUAAUAUCUUUAUAGUAUCUGUUGAAGAAAAUUUUUUUAUAAAUGAUUAAUUGGUAAUAAUUGUCAUAAUGUUAUAGUAUUUUAAUAUUAUGCAAUACAUUACUAAUUUCACUUUUAUUAAACUUUAAUGCAAAAGGAAAACACAAAAAUACAGAAUCCACUUUAAUUUUAUUUUUAUAUUAUAAAGCUGAGUACACACAAAUAACUAUGAUAUUUAAUUCUAUCCUGAUACUCAGUUAUAAUAUUUAAAUUAUACUAUUACUAUUAUUAGCUUGAAAAAAUAUUACAAAUGCUAAAUGAUGGCAGUGAUAUUUCACGACGGAAAUAAUUCCGCGUCUUACAGCUACUACUACUUCAGCACCUUGAGACUAAACGGAUCAAUAUCGCUUUGUGUAGUUAGAAAAUCAAAAAUAAAUAUUCUAAAUGUACAGCA